CUGCCGGAGCGCCGGGGCUCCGUGGCAGCCGGGAUCCUCGGGCCAGCAGGAGAGGUCAGCUGCCACUGCCCAAAUUCUCCGCGGCUGUUUCAUCCUCUCCAAAAUACUCGGCUGACAGGGCAGGACUUGCAAAACACACACCCCCCUCCUCCGAAAUCCAUAUAAAUAGUACUCGCCCAACGGCUGGAAGGUUAGAGAAGUUUCUGGGCUCCAGGCUCAGGCAUUUAUUGGAGCUCUCACCCAGGAGCAGCAGGGAAAGUUGCACAUAAAGUGCUGGAGAGUGAGAAUCCUGGGAUCGCAGCCAGACAGGAAGCGUUUUCUCGCGGCCAGAGAGCUCCCUCCGUCCUUCCUGCGCUCCUCCAGCUCCCGGUGAUUCAGCCUGCAUUGAUUUUCUCACCGUCCUUCACCCGGUGCCGGGAAGGAGGGACCGGCCCCGCGCACCCGCGUCCCACCCGGGGUGGAUGCUUCUCCUCCGGGACAGGCUCCCGGGGGAAGUUCGCAGCCAGGAGCAGCCACACAGAGGCUGAGGCUCGGUGUGCGAGCCCCGGGGACACGCUCAGACCCCUGCGAAGCAAGCCAUGGCCGACAGCCAGAUGCCCUUCUCCUGCCACUACCCCGGCAGGCGCAGCCUCCGCGACCCUUUCCGGGAGCCCGGCCUGACCUCGCGCCUGCUGGACGAUGACUUCGGCUUGUCGCCCUUCCCCGGGGACCUGACGGCGGACUGGCCCGACUGGGCUCGGCCCCGGCUCACCACCACCUGGCCGGGCCCCCUGCGCGCCGGCCUGGGCCGCACGCCCCCCAUGGCCCCCGCCUACGGCGCCCACUUCGGGGGGUACCCCGAGAGCCGCAGCCCCGCGCCCUUCCCCCGCGAGCCCUGGAAGGUCUGCGUCAACGUGCACAGCUUCAAACCCGAGGAGCUGACCGUCAAAACCAAGGAUGGCUACGUCGAGGUGUCAGGCAAACACGAGGAGCAGCAGGUGGAAGGAGGGAUCGUCUCCAAGAACUUCACCAAGAAAAUCCAGCUGCCCUACGAGGUGGAUCCCAUCACGGUGUUCGCCUCCUUGUCCCCGGAGGGGCUGCUGAUCAUCGAGGCGCCCCAGAUCCCCCCCUACCAGCAGUUCGGCGAGGGCGGCAGCGAGAUCCCCGUCGAGAGCCAGGAGGCCACCUGCACCUGAGCAGCCACCGCGGCCCUCCGCGCCCCGGCACCCCCGCCCCGAGCCCCCUUCCCCGCUCCCCGCUCCCUGCGGCGCGGCGUCCUGACAGCCUCGGGCAAGGGUGACGGGUGCCGCUGGCCCGCAGGGAUGGCAGCACCCGCCACCCCAGCUGAGAGCCGGGGCACGCACCGGGUGCCAGCCCACCGCCCCUGAGGGCUUCCAGCGGCCUGAGGGGCCGCUAGAGAUUUUGUGCCCACGGGGCCAAGCAGAAAGGAUGCUCCUCCUUAUGGUCAUUGUUUGUUCCGAGUAGCUCGGAUGGGAUAUUUAUAACGAUAGCAAAAAAAGGGCCUGUUUUUUUUUUCUUUAAAAUUGACAUGGAAACCUGUAGCUCUGUGUCUUUUCCUCCUCCAUGAGUUGUUUUCUUUUUUUUUUUUUUUUAAACUACAUCUCUGCGAAGGACACGCGUCCGGCGGCGGAGCUUGAUGGAGUGACCUCCAUCCUGAGAAACGGUCUGCGUGCUUUGAACGUUGGUUUGGGGUUUUGGUGUUGGUUUUUUUUUCCUUAUUUCCAAAGAGAAUUUGUGCUUUUACUUGUCAGACCUGAGGAAUAAAACCCAGUUGAUGUUCUUA